UUCUAAACCAAAAGGCUUUGCAUUAAGUAUUCCAUGUUGAAGCAAUGCUUUGCUUACAACAAAACCCCCCCGUGUUUCUUCAUAUCCUUGUUGCACCAAGCACCUAAACAUUGUGGCCUCCGGGUGUUACCCCAUUUCAUUUCUGACGCACUUACCUUUUGUUUAGUGUGUCCUAACUGGUAGAGCAGUAGAGAUGCUAUUCAAAUGAGAUUAGAUUACAUGUGACUCACAUUUCAAACAACACAAUGGAGUCUUAGUCUCAACAACAGCCAUCUGUUCUUUGAGCAUAAAAGGGAUUUUUUUUAUUUUUAAUAGGUAAGUGGCCAAGUAGGAGGGAAUAGCAACACAACCAUGUGUCGUAUUGUUUAGUGUGCCACUGUAGCUACAUGAAAUGUAAGACUGAAAUAGGGCUGUAGGGAGAUUUCCUAUCUAAAGCUCCCAAAAACUCCAGUCCUAAUGUUUAGUAACCAGUUCUUUGUCCUGCCCAUAUGAUCAAAACAUGUUUAUGUAAUUUCACUUAUGACAGGAUUGCAGCACUUGUGACACGAAGUUGAAAUACAUGAGAAGUGUGGCAGGAAAUGUGAUGCUCGGCACUCGUGUGUCAACACCGAUGUCAUGAGCUGGGAACUUCCUCUCAACGGCAGUGGUCAAUCAGAAAUGUGGUCGCAUCAUGUGGCUUAUGGUAUUUAGGAUUUCACUGCAUGAUGAUAGAGGCCCAGAGACAGGUUUCAACCCUCAUCAGCUGUUCUGGGUUCUAUUCUUAAAAGUAAACAACUAACCUAUUAGUUCCCAAAUUGUAAAAAAGUAUUAUUAUGUCAUUCUAUAUACAAUUCAUAACUAUAAACUAUAAACAAAGGCAUUAAAUAAACAGGAUGUGAGUGUGUUGGAAAAGCAGGGAGCCAUCCAUCUGUAUCCUCUUAUCCUAUUCAGGGUCGCAGGGGGGCUGACGCUGAUCCCUGCUGACAUUGGGCGAAGGCGGAGUACACCCUGGACAGGUCAGCAGAACCAGGUACAAUUUAAAAACCUGGCACUUAAACAUUUCUGAUAUACUGUAUAUUUUCAAUAUAUUGUGUUUAUUUUGAAUUCAUAAAUCUUUCCUGAACUAAUGGUUUCUCUUUCGAUUCAGCACACAGUGUGACAGCUCAUCUCAUGACACCCAUGAUUCAGAUAAUGUGGCUUGGGUUUGUUUAAGGGGAAGCACUGUGGUUUUGGAACAACCAAACAGUGACUAUUGAAAAUAGUCUGACUCACAUAUCAAUAAAAACUUGACAUAAGUAAAAAAAGAUUGCUGGGUAUUAAAAUAGAUGAGGAGAAAGUACAGGGCAAAAAGUCUAAGAACAGCUUGACAAAACUAAAUAUUAAUAAAUGUAUCCACGACAUAAACCCAAAUGGGAUUGGAAAUCUAAAUGUACUCUUGUCUAGCAAUAUGGUUGCAGCCCAACACAAGUACUGAAUAAACUGUGACAAAUGCAUUUUGAAGAAAUAAUUCAAAAAUACAAUGAUUAUAUAUAUUUUUUAAUGUAAAAAAUCUGUUUUAACAGAAAUAUAAGAACUUAAUCACAACUUCCAGCUAUAUUUGGUUGCAUUUCCUGUGAUGUAUGUGAAUAUCUUUUGAAUUCUUCAGCAAAUCAGAAUAGAGUAUGUGUGAAGCAAACAGGAAAACAGACCUAUGGUUAGAAUGUGAUGGGAGGGGUGUAAAGAAAUACAGCAGUUGUUCCCUGUCUCCUUGUGACAAACGGAUUGCCUCCCACAAAGAAAAGACACCACAAUGGCUGAUCCAAACACAUCUGCUUUUAUUUUAGACUUUGGAUCGAUUUAUGAAGAACUCAACUUUACUUAUAAUUACACGGAGUUCAUCAUAGACCCUGAGACGCAGCCCUGCAACCCCUUCUCCAUCCCAGAUGGAGUGACGGUUGUUGUCAGCAUCUUUUAUAUCCUCAUCUUUCUGUUGGCCAUUCCUGGAAACCUGGUAGUGGGGCUGGUGAUUGGCCUGAGCAAGCAGUCGCUGCCUCCCUCGGACCUCUACCUCCUCCACCUGGCAGUUGCCGACCUCCUGCUGGCCAUUACUCUCCCAUUCUGGGCCACCUCUGUUACGCAGGGUUGGGUGUUCGGAGACGCCAUGUGCAAAAUCAUCACCGUCAUCCAAGAGCUAAGCUUCUACUCUAGCAUUCUCUUCCUGACUUGCAUCAGUAUGGACCGUUACAUGGUGAUUGUGAGAGCGAUGGAAGCACGCAGGGCUAACAGACAGCUAGUCAGCUGGGGAGUUUGUGCUGCUGUCUGGGCUGUUGGAGUACUUCUGUCUCUCCCGGGGCUUUUGAAUUCUUCUUUUCCAUCUCAGAACUCCAGCCAGAUAGUGUGUGGUGAACAGUAUGAUCCCAGCAGUGCUGACGUGUGGCGGCUGGCCACCAGAAUUCUUCGCCACACUUUGGGUUUUUUUAUCCCUUUGGCCAUCAUGCUGCCCUGUUACGGAGUAACCAUCCGGCGCCUCCUUCACAUCCGUGGGGGGUUUCAGCGCCAACGAGCCAUGAGAGUGAUUGUGUUCGUGGUCGUCGCCUUCCUGCUUUGUUGGAUGCCGUACCACUUCGCAGUGAUGGCAGACACGUUCUUCAGGGCAAAGAUAGUGCCGUACAAGUGCCCGGCAAGGAUGGCGGUGGAUCAGGCCAUGUUUGCCACCCAGAGUCUGGGGCUGCUUCACAGCUGUGUCAACCCGGUGCUGUAUGCUUUUGUGGGGGAGAAGUUCAGGAAGAACCUGUUGCAGAUGAUGAGGAAGAUGGGCGUCCUGGAGAGAACGUCUGUUUCUAGAACCAGCAGGUCUUCAGUGUCAUCAGAAAUCACCUCCACGGUCAUGUGAGAGCACUAAAGAGACACUUUGAACUAUUCACAUAAAUGAAUCACAUCAGUGUAUUUACUGCAUUAUCUCAUGUGCUGGACAACAAAGUAGUUUUGAUACUUAUCUGCAUUUAUAUCACAGCUCAUAUUUGAUGGAUUUUCAGAUCUUUUUUUUUUACAAAAUUUGUCUAUAGUUGAUUUGAACAUUUCACCAAAUUUGUAAAUAUCUUUUCAUGCUUUGCUCAAUUAGGUCUUGACUUUUUGUAAAGUACCCAUAUGUGCCAGUCUGAUGUAUGUCUCACAUUCCCAUUUUUAAUUGUGUGUUUUUCUUUUUAUAUUGGAGGGAGCCUGAGAGCUAAGAUUGUCAUUGCUGACAAAUGUUUCUCUGUAAUUGUUUCAUAUGACAAUAAAGAACAUAAAACUUGGUAGCAGGUCAAUGUUGUUUAAAGUUAAGCUGUAAACAUUUGCAUCUUUUGUGGGUCACCAUUUAAAUCCCUCUCUUUCCUCAGUCAUGUCUAGUUCUGAGGAAACUGUAGGAAACAUGUUUGUUAAGUUUCAGUUUCAAGUGUGACUAUAUUUCAACAGGUCAAAAAUUUUAGUUAAGACACUUCAGCAUUAGAUGGUGAAAUAUCUGACCAAUGUCAUUUUUGUUUUUAUAAGUAUAGCAUAUGAAUGUGAAUUAUCAAAAUGAUUUUCUAUGAUUCCAGUUUCCCAACCAAUACCAGUGUCCUUUGAAAGGCUAUUACUCCCAGCUCAAAGUGCACUGCAUCGAGUGCAGCAGAAACCUAAACUAUCCUGUACAGUGCUGUAUAACUUCAUAUACAUUUUUUUAUAGUAAUGUAUUUACAUUUUUGUAAGUCUGUUUAAGUUUUAUGUAUAUUUAGCUGAAGACAGCAGGUUGUCAUUCACAUGCCACCCAACUUUCAAUCUGUAUAUAGUUGCAAUCAUUAUUAAAGUUUUAUAAACAUG